CCGCGCUCACCGAGCCUGCGCUCACCGCUCCCGCCUUCUCCCUUCAGCCGAGGCCGCCGCCGCCGCCUCUCUUUUCGGCAGCCAUGGAGUCCUCCACUUUUACCCUGGUGCCCGUCCUCACCCAAUUGAGCAACCGUCAGAGCCACCUUCCAGUUGGCACAGCCCUCAUCGCCAUCGGUGUCCGACGCCUGUGCCACGGCCAUGUCACUCCUGGCAACCCUGGGGCUGGAGCUGGACAGGGCCCUGCUCCCAGCUAGCGGGCUGGGCUGGCUUGUAGACUAUGGGAAACUCCCCCUGGCCCCUGCCCCCCUGGCUCCCUAUGAGGUCCUUGGGGGAGCCCUGGAGGGCGGGCUUCCAGGGGGGGGAGAGCCCCUGGCAGGUGAUGGCUUCUCUGAUUGGAUGACCGAACGAGUUGACUUCACAGCUCUCCUCCCCCUGGAAGCCCCACUUCCCUCCGGUGCCCUCCCUCCCCCUUCCCCAGCCCCCCCUGAUCUGGAAGUCAUGGCAUCCUUACUCAAAAAGGAGCUAGAACAGAUGGAAGACUUCUUCCUGGAUGCCCCCCUCCUCCCACCAUCUUCCCCACCACCACCCCUGCCACCUGCGCCCACCCUCCCUCUGCCCCUCCCCACGUUUGACCUCCCCCAGCCCCCUGCCCUGGAUACCCUGGACCUGCUGGCCAUUUACUGCCGCAGUGAGGCUGGGCCGGGGGACAUGGGCUUGGCAUCCCUGCCAGGCCCCCAGGUGCCCCCUCCUCCUCCUCCUCUCCCUCCUCCACCACCACCGCCAUCUUGCCGCCCAGCCCCUUACCCCAAUCCUGCCACCACCCGUGGGGACCGCAAGCAGAAAAAGAGAGACCAGAACAAGUCAGCGGCUCUCAGGUACCGCCAGAGAAAGCGGGCGGAGGGCGAGGCCCUGGAGGGCGAGUGCCAGGGGCUGGAGGCCAGGAACCGGGAGCUGAGGGAGAGGGCGGAGUCGGUGGAGCGGGAGAUCCAGUAUGUCAAGGAUCUGCUCAUUGAGGUGUACAAGGCCCGCAGCCAGAGGACCCGCAGCAGCUAGACAGGGCUGGGGCCCAGUGACAGGUCCCCUUUCGUCCCCUUCUGUCUUUGUCCUCAUAAUCGCCUCUCACCCAUGUUUGAGUUUUUCCCCCCCUACCAGAUGUUCAACAUCUGCGCACACACACACUCACAUCCCCUCUCCCCCAGUGUAUCCCAGGGAACUGAGGCCCUCCGUGGGAGCUAGGAGCUCUGGCUCUGCAGUUCCUUUGCUUUUUCUUGUGGGACUGGGGAUGAGCCCAGGGCAUGGUACAUGACUUCUGCUCCCUUCCCAUGAGGCUCUAAGAUUUCAAUGAGUGGUUUCCUGCAAAUGGGGCAGAGGGGCCACAGGGCCAAGCCAGGAGGGAAGCUACCAUGCAAAGAAGAGAACACAGCUUAAAAGCAGGCCAGCUCAGGGAGGGAGGAAACCAGUCCACAGAUCCAGAUGGUGGGGAAGAAAGGGGUACUGUAGCUGGUGGCUGGGUAGGGAGGAUUCAUUUUAGCUUGGGAAAGAAUCAGUGUUUGUGAAGGUGUUGGGAUGGGCUACACAUAGGUGAAGGGGGCGCUGGUCCAGGGU